UCCUGUCAAAAUUGCCAUUCUGCGGUUUCCUGGCUGUGCGCAAUUCUUGGCACCCCUCCGUCUGCUUUUGUACGGUUAGUCGCCUGUCUUCCAUCGACCGCGGCAAAUCAUCCGAAGACGGUCUCUGCAACCGUCAUAUCUUCCCAGCCAUUCCUCUUCCUCCACCACGCGCAACCAUUCCCAGCUUAGAGCUUCGGUCCAACUCGACCUCUUGAAAACGUACACAGUCUAUGGACGCAAGGCAACAAGACUACCCGCAGUCAGGUUUGAGCUCACCGUACCCAACCUUCUCUGAACCACCUUCUGAGGAUACCUUUGCAGAUCAAGCAUCUGCUGCGCAAUACCCUCCUCAAGGUCAAGACCCUCGAGCUGCGAACCUCACACCCACUUCCGACUACAGCAGCCUCCCACCGUCCGCUAGGUCAGGCUCUUUCCCGGAAUACAUUCAACGCUCGUACCAACCAGGCGCUCAAGGACAAGCACCCGGAGAUCCAUCGAUUGCUGCCCAGACGAGCCCGACCUACCCUCACCAGCAGCAAUACUCGCCCUACACCCCUCACCACGAUAUGCAGCACUACCCGGGACAUCCGCAGACUCCAAUGUACGGGCAGCGUCCUGAGUGGGCUGGUCAAUAUGCUCAGCCUGGCAUGCACUACGGUCAUCCAGCUUCAUCCGGUCCACCGGCCCCCGCAAUGGUGUCGCCUGUCCAAAGACCUCCAACCGGCGGUCACCCUUUGUCUACCGUCUACUCAUUUGUGCCCAUACCAGGUGCGCAACAGCACAAGCGACCGCGCCGACGUUAUGAAGAGAUCGAGCGCAUGUAUAAGUGCGGCUGGAACGGAUGUGAAAAGGCUUACGGCACUUUGAACCAUCUGAACGCGCACGUCACGAUGCAAUCGCACGGCGCGAAGCGAACACCAGAAGAGUUCAAGGAGAUACGCAAAGAAUGGAAGGCCAAGAAGAAGGAGGAGGAGGCUCAGCGCAAGGCUGACGAUGAACGCCAACGCGCUGAGAUGCACCAGCACGCGCAGCAGCAGCGUGUUGCGCAUGACGGUGGCCCACCCGAGGCACCUGUCUACGGACAGAUGCGCCAGGCUGUAGGCGUUCCCGGCCAGCAGCCUCCGCACCCUCAGCUGCCACCCAUUGGGUAUCAGCCGGCUGCCUCUGGCACUUCGGCUGCUCCUCAGUACGGCACGCACAGUCCGGGUCUUCCUGAGGGCAUGGCACAUUAUCCCCAGUCGCCAUACGGCCAGAACCCCCAGAUGUACCAGCAAGGUCAUUAGGAAGAUCAACAAAACAGCGAUUACGACACGAAUGAUGAGCGACUUGACGCUGAUUCGGAAAUGACUCUACGCAACCUCCCUCAUUAGUCUCGAGGUCUGCUAUGGGGCUAUUAUCAUCUACACGAGUAGUCGGUCGCACUAUGAGACAGGUAUGGGCUGGUUCAGCAUUUUAUACACAGGUCGGGGGUUGCAUUUACAACUGGCGGCGGCUGUAUCCC